UGGUAGCUGCUACCAGUAAUCGAUGCAUUCAUCUUUCCCGAUACAUCGAUAGUAUAAGCAUCGAUUUGUUGUUCCAGCUCUAACUACCACUGUCUGCAAAAUAUUUUAAACAAAAGUGCUUGUUAUUUAAGUAAUUUACUUAAUAUUAGUGGCUCUUUUGUUUGGACGUUGGCCGAAUUACGGUUGUGCAAGUGUUUCGUUUGGUUUGAUGGCGUGCUUAUCCUAGUUUGGCGGCCCUUUGGACUCGUUCGUGUAUCGCCAUCUCGCUCCCACCCCCUCAAUCGGCUUCGUGCGUAUUUUUUGUGCAUUUUUACACAGAAUUCACACUUUUGUAUGGGCAAAGAAUUUUUACUUUACUUUUGCACUUGAAGAGCAAGAAAAAAUGAAGAAAGCCAAGAUAAACGCGCCGAUGUGCAAGUGCUAAUCACUCAUUUUUGGCAAGCGGUGAACUUCGCUGAUUUUUAACCAGCAAAAAAGAUGGAGGAGGAUAAUGCCAAGUCCCUAAGUAAUAACAACAAGAACAACAACAAGGGACGCCAGCAGCUGCAGGGACACGCCCACAGCACCGCCCACGCCUCCGUCGAUAUAUUUAUAUUCGAUUUAUAGUAGCUGUAGUUGUAGUCAUGCCAACAACAAAAACCCAAUCACAGACAACAACAACUUGCAGCGAAGAGGAAGAAGCGGCGAUAAUACGAAAAAAUUGCGAUGCGCCAAUGGCGACCCCAGCAUGUACAACAACAGCAAACACGACAACUGCAGCAGCCACCACAACAACAGCAACAACAGUAAAUACGCGCAGGCAUGAAGAAGCAGCAGCAGUAGCAUCCACAUCUAGUGUCACGAAAACAACAACAGCAACAGCAAACAUAUUUGCCGCUGCAGCGGGAUGCCACAAGCCGUUACUCUUCAGCCGCCGCUUCCAGGACAAACGGAACUUUAGCUCGCUGCCGCUCUUCGUCUACGCGACCUCGCCCUCAACGCACGCCCACUCAGCGGACGGAGUAGGCGUGGCCAAGGAGGCAGCCGCUUUUUGCCAGAAGAAUGAAGGCUUUGAACCUGCAACGCAUGGCAUCAGCAAAACGGACGGAAGCUGCAUCAGCCACCACAGUCAGAGCAACGGGAACGGAAUCGGAAUCGGAAGCGUCAACGGAAGCGGAAUCGUCGGGCACCACCUCAGUGGAGUCCUGGCCAGCGGGGCCAUGGAAUGCCUGCCGAUGAGCAGUGCCGCCCAUCACCCACAUCUGAUGGCGGGUGCGGCGGCGGUUGGAGCCGUUUCCGCCUCUCCCACGGCGACCGUGGUGGUGGGGGCCACGUAUCCGCACCACCUGCACCACCACCACCUGAGCCACCACACGCCGUACAGCAACAGCUACGGGAGCCACCACAUACACAGCGAGCAGACCAAGUCGCUGCAGGAGCUGCAGCACGAGGUUGGCGCACUGCUGGAGUUUAGGGACCUGGUCAUAGAAACGUUUCCCGACCUCAAGCACAAGAUGGCCUCCAUGUCCGCCACGCCUUCGACGCCCACAUCUUCGGUGGGAGCCAUCGGUGGCAGUCACUCGGUGGGUGGCGGCAGCUCCUCGCUGGCCACCAGCAGACGUGAAUGGGAGCCGGGCAUACGAAUGAAGCGAAAACUGUCGCACAAAGAACCGUCCACGUCGUCAGCGGCAGCUGCUCCUUCCUCAGGAGCUGAGGCGUCGUCCUCGUCGCUGACGCGCAGCCGUAGCAACUCGCACAGCGGCAAGAAAGAGCCAAAGAGCGGAGAGAACAACAACGGAAGCGUUGUGCAAGACUCCGGCUUCUCAACGGAGACCAGUUCCUCCAAGGAGGGCCACAGUGCCUCCUCCACCAACGGUGCUAUGACGGUGGCCAUAGCAGCGAAUCGCCUGAGCUGCGCGGAAUCGGACGAUGAGCUGCUCAACCUGCUGGACGUCAUUCACCGCAAGUCCAAUCGAUUACGCGAGGAAGUGGAGCACUUGCAGAGCUACGAGCGCCAGCAGGGGGAUGCUCAAAAGGCGGGAGGUGAAGGCCAGGGUGCUAGCAAGGAGGGAAUGACAGCGCAGCAGUUCCGAGAGCAGGUGGAGCGACUAAAUCGCGAGGACAUCAAGCAGCUGCGCAAGGAGCGCGACCGUCUGCUGGACAAGUUGGCCGAAAUGGAGGCGGAAACGCUGACCGGGCGCAUUAAGGCGGCCAAGAUGAGCGACCAGGUGGAGGAGUUGGUAGAAGUGAAGAAAGAUCUCGAGGAGCAGCUAAAACUGGCGAUGGCCCAGAAGCUAGAGUUGAGCUCGCGAGUGCAGCAAUUGCAGCAGCAGCAGCAAAGCAAAAGCUCUUCUAGCGCCAGUCAGUCGGAUUACUCCAGUCAACGCAACUUUCUAUCCUCAGCCACCACUGUGCUCUCCAAUGGCAGCCGCCCUAGCAGCAACAUUAUCAGCAACAACACAUUCCAGCCGGUCGUACUCGAUCAGCCAGCGCAGGAAGCAUUCCAUCAAAGCCCAGGCGGUGAUAUUCCAUUGAGAAAACAGCAACAGCAACAGCAAUCUUUGGGACAUCUUGAUGGCAUUGUGAGCACGCCCGGAACGCGCAACUCCAAAUGCCGUCUGACCGACUCCAAGCGAUUCGCGGCCAUUCUGUUGGAAUCGAAUGUCUUGGAGCUGCAGCGGCACUUGCUCACCCUCACCGUGCAGAACCAGGUGCUGGCCCAGAAGCUGGAAUCGUCCAGCAAGUCCAAGACGCUGCUGGCCAAGCGGCUGGACAAAAACAGCGAAGAGAUUGAGGAUCUGCGUUACCAGCUGACGGAGAAGAGCAUCGAGCUUGAGGGCACCAAGGCUCAAUUGCGGCUGGUGGAGUCCCGCCUGCAGGCGAGCAACAGCACCACCAACUCGUAUCUGCAUUCCUCGCAGCAUGACUACGAGACCAAUCGCUCCUCGGCUUCCACCACGUUAAUGCUGAGUCGUCGUGGAGUUUCCGAUUCGGUGGACUCGACAUCGUCGGCCAUGCCUGCCCCGCCAGUCACACAGAUCAGUACGCCCAGCAUGAAGGCCAUGGUGCCGCUGGCCAUGGAUGAGCUGCAGCAGCACAGUAGCAGCACGGAGUCGGCGCACGAACACGAGAAUCAAGCGCUUCAAACAGCCAACAGCCCCAUCUCCCCCCUCAGUAAGACGAUGAUAAAUGCAAGUCCCUGUCCGGUGGGAAGCAGUACUCCCAGUAAUAUAGCCGCCCGUGUGAUGAGCAUCAGUGUGGGCGGGGUGAGUCCGUUUGAGGCCAUGACUCCUCCGCCGCGACAGAAUGCGUUCCGAAAGUUUGGAAGUGCCAGCAAGCCCAGCAAGAUUCCGCUUCCGGGCAGCAAGGCGGCGGCCUAUUUUUCGGGCAAACCGCCAACGGGAAGACCUUCGACGGCGGGUCGAUCUCCGCCAUCGGCGCACAACUCAAGUAGCACCUCGUAUGGCAGUAAAUCCUCUCUGAGCAGAAGUACUGGAAACUUGCAGAGCCUGCGAAGAGCAGACACAUCCGCCUCCAACCACUCAUUGAGUACGAACACGAGCCGGAGCUCUACUUCCUCUUCGAUUCCGCUGGCCACCACACCUUACUCAUCCGGCUCGACUGGCAACCGCAGCCAGCCGACAGCCGCAACGACUCCGUCCCCGCGUGUGCUACAGAACUCGCCGCUGCCCAAGCUGAAGCGGGAUACGAUCAGCUCCAGGGUGCGUCACCUGGACUCCCUGUCACGUGCCCAGCAGUCGCCGGAGGGCCUGAAGGGAACCACCACCAACUCCGCCUCCAUUACCGCUCAGCUGAGCUCGACGCUGCGCAAAGAUCUCCAGCUGAGUGGAAACGGGACCGGAGCUCCCUAUCAUCAGCACCACCAGAACCACCAGAACCACAGGCGCAGUGGUCACUCGCCGGCAUCCAACUCCUCCGGUAGCGGCGUGUCCAGGCGCUACAGUAGUGCCUCGACUGGGGGUUCCGGUGGUCGAGCCAUCGGCCGUGAUCAGGGUGAGGCCACCACGCCCACAUCCAGCUUUGGCGGCGACAGUGAUAGUGGCAAGAAACAAGCCACUUAUCCUAACAAACGCCAGGCUACACAGAGAAAAUAAGCAUCGGAGUUGGUAUGGAUAGCAAAGUUACCCAUAUUCGUGGACUAAAGGUGGUGUACUGAUUGACUGAUUGAUUGACGUGUUGGUGGUGAAUACAUAGAUUUCGAAUGCAUGCCAAAAAAAAAGAAGAAACUUAAAACUGAAAUGCUAAACAUGUAAAGCGAGUGCGACUGGAGUUUUUGGUAUCGGACAGCCACAGAUAAGACCGGUGGCCAAACGAAAAGGAGCAGCGCCCUCGCCCAGUACAUCCUCCUCAGCUCAGAUCAGCUCAGCCCCAAAUCCAGCUCAGAUCUCAAUCUCGAGCCCUCUGUUGUAAAUCGUUUGUCUGUUUUGUUUUUGGCCAAGAAGCAAAGACAAUGAAGUAGACACUUUGCCGCCAAUCGUUAUACGCGUAAGUCUCUUUUGUUAUAUCUCAUCUAGUAGGUUAAGUUCUACCAUUUCUCAAAUCCAAACCAAUCCACAAAUCCCAACACCGCCAACCCCACGGCUUUCUUUUGCUUUACCCCACACUGAGUUACACCAGCAAUGGUUUUUGAUUUCGAUGUAGUUCGUUGUAGAUCUAGCCUACCAAGACUAUCUAGACCUAGACCCUCACCCUUUCUACAAUAGCAAACGGGCAGUGCGCACAAAAAAUAAAAACACAAACUUUUAAAAUUGCCAAGUAAGGUAAACGAAUUGAGUGACUUACCCGCUGUACAUAAACUGAUUAAUUGGUUGAUUGAUUGAUCGCCCACUGUGCUAACCAAAACUAUAUACAUAUACUUAUUGUGCCAGAGGUUGAGGGAUCUAACCGCUGUCCAAGAGAUCGAUUCUCCCGCUACAUGCUAACCCCAAAAACAUAAAUAUUAUAUACCAUUCUUUUCGUUAAUGUGCCUAAACAGCCGUCUAAACCCCUUUCUUACUGCUGUUUGUGUUUGCGUUCUAAUUUCCAUUACCUGAUUGCACAUUGUACCAAAGAAAUGAUAUGCUAUUCUGUUUUUCUUUGCUCUCCCCCGAAUAUCCCCAAAAACGAUGCUUAGAAUUUGGCCAACACCGUUGAAAAGCCAAAUUUCCGUCUCAAUAACCACAAUUGGCAACUAUGGCAAACGAGCAGCAGCAGCCAGGGAAAGGUUCAAGUGGAACGAUAUCUGCCCCAUGAGCUGCACGAUGUGUCCGAGGAGACGGCCUACGAUUCGUACUACACCGAGUAUACCACCCCCGAUUCCAUGGACUGUGGCAGUGCCAAUCUCCUGGUCACUUUCGACUACGGCUACAGUGACUCCAUCGAGGCCAGAGCUUUUUCUGCAGCUCCGGACGAGGAUGAUGGGGGCGAAGGCGCUGGUCCUGACUAUGGCGAUGGUGAUGGUGAUGGGUGUGCGGACGAGGUGGAUGCCAUCUGGUUUGGUACUCCGCCCAGGGAUACCAAGGACGAGAAACUGUUUGAGGUGCAUCAUGUGCAGCACAAGCUGCUGGAUGACAGCCUGCAGUCCUUGAUUUCCUACGACGUUGAUGAUUUUGAGGAGGAGCUAUCGGAGCCAGAGCCGGAUGAAGAGAUUUUCUAUGAUAGCAUUGAGUGUGUUUAAGAGCUGCUGGGUGCAGGUGUUUAACUAUCAACAAUCAUAUCUAAACUAGUCCUUAUUUUCAAACCCUCUUUCACGCGUUGUUUUGCAAUUAUCGAAAGAAAAUGGAUAAAUAUGUGUAUGUAGCUGUAGUUAGUGUUACGUGACGAAUAUAAUGUUGAUUUAAAUAUAUUUGGUUUAACUAUCCAACGGCCCUGAAAUGAUCGAUUGUAACUGAAGUGAAUUGUGACUGAAUUGUAUUGAUUAUUGAUCGUAAUGUUUGUUUUCUCCAUUAACCAUUCAGGGCUUUAGUUUAUACGUAAAUGGUUUCUUCGACUAUUUAUUAGUAGCGUACAAUGUGUGCGCCUUACCCACUACUUUGUAUGUAAAAUAUUAUUUAGAGUGUGUGCAUCUUUGUAAGAGUCGUAAGUUAGUUAUCCUGCACCAUUGCCUAUUUACUCAAAACUACAUUUAAUUGACUCGUACCAGGCCGGCUAAGUAGUUUAGUUGUUAAUCAAAUUUAGUUAACACAUCGCAUCUAAUGUAUGUAUGUACAGUUUGGUAUACUAUCUUAUUAUGUAUGUAUUCUAUUUAAGUCGAAAGGCAAUUGUAAUAGGCUCUAUCUAUCAUGUUAUCACGAAACUGCGUUUACUACAUUUAUAAAACAAACAGACAUAGAAGUGUGGGAAACCAACAUUUAUGAUUCAUAUUAAAGCUAAUAAUAAUAUAUUCAAGGGCAGCAGAUGUAGACAUGUAUCCAUUUAAACAGCAAAUGUAAUUGAUAAACACAUAAACGAAAAAAAAACACUAAAAUAAAAAUUAUAAAAAAUA